CUGUUCUCGGUUGCUACAGCCUGGCCUAGACCGCGCGAUGUUUACACUGUAGUCACGGUGACGGGCGACGGGCCCCAUGUGUUCAGUCGGUUGUCCGUCGCGCGCCGAACAGGUCAUGUGUACGAGUGUACACAGCUCGUCUUUGCUUCAAAGUUUUAUUCCGAACGUUUCAAAAUAUUUUUAUCAUAUACUUUUUAAUCGUGUAUGAUAACCAAAUUUCUUUGACUCAAUUGAAUUUCGUUAAGGAUUCAAAAGUUUUGAGUCUCAAAUUUAAAAACAUUGUGAUCGUUUUAACGAAUGGGAUGGUCGUAGACGUGAUCGAUGAGGCUUCGACUCGUUGGAUCGUACGUCGUCGUCUCUGCUAAGAUCGUGCGGUCAUAAACAAACGCGGUGUGACAUUGCUAUUUUGUUGUUUUUCUAAACGAUUUAUUGUACGAUAAAUCGAGAUUUUGUUAUGUAUUGUGAAACGGAGUGUUUCGCGAAAAAGUAGACGGGACACGGGUUGGAAAAGAGUUUUCUUUUCGUGAUGUGCAUCGGUAUUAGUCCGUAUAGGAGUGCUAUUAUUUCGACGAACGACCAAUGUUUAUCAGAAAGUUUCGCAAUUUCGGACGUAAAUUCGCAAGUGCGCAGGUGAUUUAAUGCUAACGAAAUAGACGUGAAGUUUUAUGCAGUAUCUCGUGCGAAAAAGCGCGCGAGUGAAGCACCGAUAAACUGCGUCGUUGUUAUGAGCCCGGCUUUUUGGUCAAAGGAGCGAAGAAACGAGGAUGUCGUCUGGUUCUCUUUGAUACGUGAUUUACCCAGUAAUCGCGAUCGUCCAUUCGAUAAAAAUUGUGAAAACUCGGUGGCACCGGACGAUUCCCGAGUGCCGGUGGUUGGCCCCGGUACAAACACCGCCGCCACCGCCACCAUUAUCGUUACGGCAAACCCCAAAAUGCCACGGGGUUUGCCAACGAGACGUGGCCUUCAAGUCUUCGCUCUUGUGUUGGCAACCGCUUAUGCCACUAUUCUCCUUUAUCAGGCAGUCGCACCACGACAGUGGCCGGAGAACAGCGUUGUGGAUGGGAGUAGCGCGAGCGUUGUGAUCGAGGUUCCAGCGGCUCAGGGGACCAUUGUGAGCGAGGAACUCGCUCUUACUCCCCCUGUCGCGACCGCGACCAUGGUACCCUUUUCGACCGAUCUCGACGACGUCUUCGUCAGUGUCAAGACCACGAGGCACUAUCACCAUUCUCGUCUUCCGGCAAUCAUAGAAACAUGGUUUCAAUUCGCCAAAGAUCAGACGUGGUUUUUCACGGACAGGGAGGACCCGUAUUUUCAAAAUCAAACGAAUGGCCACAUGAUCAACACCAAGUGCUCGUCCUCUCACAACAGACGUGCCCUGUGCUGCAAAAUGUCCGUCGAGUUCGACAGGUUCCUCGAGAGCGGUAGAAAAUGGUUUUGCCACUUCGACGACGACAAUUAUGUAAACGUCCCCCGUCUUCUGAAGCUCCUCGACAAUUACAAUCCUCGCGAGGACUGGUAUCUCGGAAGGCCUUCGAUACCAGCCCCAUUGGAGAUCGUGCGACAAGGCUUCAAAUUCUCCAAGCGAUCGCAGAAGGUGAAAUUUUGGUUCGCCACAGGUGGCGCUGGAUUCUGCAUCAGCCGAGCCCUAGCUCUGAAAAUGGUACCCGUCGCUGGGGGCGGCAAGUUCAUUACCGUAGGCGAUCGUAUAAGACUCCCUGAUGACGUUACUAUGGGAUAUAUUAUCGAGUAUUUACUCAAGAAACAACUUACGGUGGUGGAACAAUUUCAUUCUCAUCUCGAGCCAAUGAAGUUUCUUAACAGAGACACUCUCCACGAGCAGGUAUCAUUCAGCUACUCGAAGGGCCCGAGAGACGACUUAAACGUGGUGAAAAUCGACGGUUUCGAUCCCAAGGACGAUCCGAAGAGGUUCAAGUCCAUCCACUGUCGGCUGUUUCCACACGUGGCAAACUGUCCGCACAGAUGAUAGUCACAAUCAGUCCUAUUCUAUAUCGACGUUAGAUUGAAAAAUAAUAAGCCGGAAUUGCGGUGUAAGAAUUUUAGAAAAAACCAACUUUCUGAGAAAUUUCUAAGAAAUUAGAAUCGGAUGAAUGGCAAUCGAAGGCAACCCGCAAUUAGAAGUAAGCGCUUUUUGUACAAUUCCGUUUUGUUUUAUCACGGUUACGGACAGCAUGAGAUGUUUCGUUUCUUUUCGUUCAAUCCUGUCCUAUCAGGACACGCGCAUUACUUAUUUUUCAUGUUAUCAAAGCACUAAAAACCAAAUCUAACUUUUUUUCCCGAAUUUUUGACCAACGUUAGUGUUUCGAUUCAAAUGGAAAUCCACGACGCCGAAGUUUGCAACAUUAGAGUUUGCUCAUUUUUUAUUUCACGAAUCACUGGUGUGGUUUGAAAAACUACAAAUUUCAAAUUCGGCAGGGAACGAAAUUAGAGAUUUACUGGAAUUAUUGAAGAAUUUUUUUAAAUCAUUUUGUUGGACUCCAACGUUGCAAACUUCAGUGUCAUUCUAAUCCAUGUUCUAGGGCUUGCCUUUCGAAAAGACUUCAAUGCUAGAUUCUUCCAAUAGGAUGAAUGUCUGUAGAUAGCUGUAAAUAAGACAAAGUGAUCUUUUUAAAUUGCCUCAUUGCAACAAUCGUGAUACAUGUAAAUAAUAGAUCGACAAUAAUGAGAAGUGAUUUAUAAGAUUAUUUAAUAGUCAUAUAUAUAUAUUUAUAUGCAAUGUUGAGCUUAAGAUUUCAUAUUUUCACGUUGCAUAAAGAAAUGUAUUCAUAUGGAAAUGACGAAACGUAUGUGAUGAGGGUUUCGAUGCCAACCAAGCGAACUUCUUCCUUGACCUCUUCUAUUUGUUCUUUAUUUUCAUCUGAUUGCAUUGAGUCUUCAAGAAACUUUAAAAAUUCGUUUAUAUAUUCAUAGAAAGCCAUAAUUGAGAACGAAAACUCGAAAAAACAACGGAAAAGAUUCCAAGAGUCGAAAAAGCGAAUUCUCUUGACAAUUCGUGGAUUAUUAAUCAGCUCCAAGAGAGCGGUUUUGAAUAUUUUGCGAUUUUCGCAACCUUAUUACACUGUAAAAUGAAGAAAAAAUAUUUCAAAGUUGCAUUUUUUCACGAUUUCAUUUUUGAUGACUGGUGCUGACAAAGACCUUGAAAAAAGCACCGGGCAUCUUUCAAACCGGAUGCAAUUAUUUCGAAAAAUGGAUUUAAUCGGCAGGCAUUAGUCAAAAAGUCUACCGUAUUUCGUAAAAUGCCCGAUGUAUACAUCGAAUAUAUGCACGAAUGUAUUUACACUUUUGAGGUUUGUACCGUUGGAAUGUACCGAAAAAUCGUUUUUUUUUUUAAGAGUUUAUAUUUUACUCGGUAUUCUUUCCUCUUACUCGUUGUUUCCCGAUAACUAGAUUACUUUUUCGCAACGUAACUGGAUCGUUUGAAUUCCCAUGGUCCUUAAAAUCUUAUAAAAACAUUUCACAAGGACCGAGGACAUUAAAAAAAUUUUCGAAUCUUUGAUUCGAUUGCAUAGUUGGUGACUCUGAGAAACUAUGUUUUCCACGUAAAUCAUCCGUGAUGAGGAUGAAAAAAAAUCAAGCAUCAAAAGUUGUCAACCGAUUAAAUCGUUUUAUUUUUGUAAUAAAAAAAUAUGAACAAAAAAUUACAAAGGAUUGAUAGUCAAGUUUAACUAUGACAUUAUAUCAAAAAACAAAGAGAUGAAAUUUUGUUGAAUUCUGAAUCGACAGAGUUCAACCCUGUAUGUAUCAUCGUUUGUAUCUAAUUUUCACAGAUGAAGCUUUCCAUCUUUUUCGUAUAGUAUUUUUCUUAAUAAAAAAUUUUCUAAGCUAGUCUUCCGAAGUGGAACUACAGACGGCAACACAAUGUGAUAGGUAACGCACGCAAAUACGUGAUUGCGUUGCAACAAAACACUGCAAUUUAAUUUUCUUCUUCACAAUUUGCGCCCAUCGGUUAAUUUGUAUCAAACGAAUGAGCAACAAUUUUUUUUUCUGUACUAUGCAACGAACUCGGAUGAUUGUAAUGAGCGAAGAGCGUGCAAUAGAAAAAUUGUGGUGUGUUAUGGAAACAGAAUUGGAAAUGAUUUUUGUUCAACUAACGACGAUUUUUCGAACGUCGUCUUAGAUCUUUGUACAUAGACAUGUGUAUACAUAUAACGAUACAAAUUUUUUUCGUAUGUGACGGGUCGCAUAGUGUCAAAGAUAAAUUAUUGUUCCAUAUAUGUUUUUAAACCCUUUCGUACUAUCGCUGUGCAAUUUCGUAAAUAAAAAAAAAAAAAAAAAAAACGAAAGUGAUUGCACUGUUUUAUAUGUAAUAUACAUCGAAUAAGAAAAAAUACAUAUUUAUACAAUUUU